CCCGGGUUAUGCCGUAAGUAAACCUGCUGGCUAGCUGUUUGUCUCCUAACCACGUGCUGUGCUUGUGUUGUGCUGCUGGACUUUCUGUAGCAAUGAUCCUGAAAUCUACCGAAUAAACUGUUACUCUUGUGCUUAAAGCCACCGUUUGCCGGAGUAUAAAGCUGUGCCAGCGAGGCAGACGAACACAAUGAAAUGUGAGGGAAUUGAAGGCUGUGAGAGGUUCCUGAGCCCUGGGAAAGGCCGAGGGGUCAAAGCCACGCAGCACUUCCAGCUGGGCGAGCUGCUGUUCGCGUGUCCGGCUUAUUCCUACGUCCUGACAGUGAAUGAGAGGGGCGGAUACUGCGAGUUCUGCUUCAUGAGAAGGGAAGGGCUGUCUAAGUGUGGGAAGUGCAAGCAGGCCUACUACUGCAAUGUGGAGUGCCAGAAAGGUGAUUGGUCCAUGCACAAGCUGGAGUGCUCUGCCAUGUGUGCCUACGGAGAAAACUGGUGUCCCUCAGAAACGGUGCGACUGGUCGCUAGAAUCAUCAUGAAGCAGAAAUUCCAGUCAGAGUUGACACAGUCUGAAAGAUUGUUAGCCUUCAAAGAGUUUGAAUCGCAUUUGGACAAGAUCGACAACGAGAAAAACGAGAUGAAUCAAACGGACAUUGCUGCACUCCAUCACUUUUAUUCUAAGCAUCUGGAUUUUCCUAGUAAUGCUGCUCUUGUCGAACUCUUUGCCCAGGUGAACUGUAACGGUUUCACCAUAGAAGACGAGGAGUUGUCCCAUUUGGGCUCUGCGGUCUUUCCAGACGUGGCUUUGAUGAACCACAGCUGUAAUCCCAAUGCGAUCGUGACGUAUAAAGGUACGGUAGCAGAGGUCCGUGCUGUUCAGAAAAUCAGCCCUGGAGAUGAGAUUUUCAACAGUUACAUUGACCUCCUCUACUCCACUGAGGACAGGAAAGAGAGGCUGGAGCAGUCGUACUUCUUUAACUGUGAUUGCACAGAAUGUACCACCAAAUCAAAGGACGCGGCCAAACUGGAGAUUCACCAGAACCUGAGUAGUGCUCCAGAGGCAGAAGAAAUUCAGGAAAUGGUGAAGUAUGCCAAGAAUAUCAUUGAGGAGUUCAGGAGAGCCAAGCACUAUAAGACUCCCAGCGAUCUGCUAGAGAUCUGUGAGUUAAGUCUGGAGAGGAUGGGAUCCAUAUUUGUUGACACUAAUGUGUACAUGCUGCACAUGAUGUACCAGGCCAUGGGGGUCUGUCUCUACAUGCAGGACUGGGACGGAGCCAUGAAAUAUGGCGAGAAAAUUGUACAGCCCUACAGUGUGCAUUACCCUCCGUACUCUCUGAAUGUCUCAUCUAUGUACCUGAAGCUUGGAAGACUUUACUUGGGACUUGGGAAAAGCACAGAAGGAGCGAAAGCGUUAAAUAAGGCUAUCGAUAUCAUGAACGUCGCUUUCGGAUCAGACCAUUAUUACGUUGCUGAGGUGCAAAAGGAAAUAGAAGGGCAUCAGUAAACGAGAGAACAGCCUGUAAAUUCAAGAACGGCUGAACGGCAUGCAAUCUUUACCUCCGCUUACGUACAGAAAAACGUCUUUUUCUUUUCCAAGUCAUUUUAAGUUUUUUAUUUGUUUGUGUUUGACAGAUGAUUGCUGAUGUUGACCUUGAGGUGCUGAUCUGUUACCUGUCCAUAGUGAGAAUAAAUAUGCACUGUCUGUGAGCAAGGGCUAAUAACUAUGUAUUAAAAUAUAACCGUAAGAUUGUCUUAAA